CAUCACGUCGACAAAAAAUGCUUCAAAUGUUCUCACUGUGGCAAACGUUUUUCCAACAAGUUCUCGCUGAACAGACACACAAAAACACACACUGGAGAAAAACCUUAUGCUUGCUUAGUUUGUGGUAAAAGGUUCUCUUUAAAAGCGGGUUUAACAACGCAUACAAGAAGCAGGCACAAUGGAGAAAAAACCUUUGCCUGCUUAGUUUGUGGUAAAAGAUUCUUUUUAAAGACAGGUUUAACAAGGCACACAAGAACACACACCGGAGAAAAACCUUUUGCUUGCUUAGUUUGUGGUAAAAGAUUCUCUGUAAAGGCAAAUUUAACAACACACACAAGAAGCAGACACAAUGGAGAAAAAUCUUUUGCCUGCUUAGUUUGUGGUAAAAGAUUCUUUUUAAAGACAGGUUUAACAACGCACACAAGAACACACACUGGGGAGAAACCUUUUGUCUGCUCAAUUUGUGGGAAAAGAUUCAGUCAGAAUGGAGAUUUAAACAUACAUACGAGAACACAUACAGGAGAGAAACCUUUCGCUUGCUCAGUUUGCGGUGAAAGAUUCUCUUUGAAGGCAAAUUUAACAACGCACACAAGAAGACACAAUGGAGAAAAACCUUUUGCCUGCUCUGUGUGUGGUAAACGAUUUAUUGACAAGGGAGAGUUAAUAAUACACACAAGAUCCCACACGGGAGAAAAACAUUUUGCCUGCUCAGUCUGUGGUAAAAGAUUCUCGAAAAAUGCAAGUUUAACAAUGCAUACAAGAACACACACUGGCGAGAAACCUUGUACCUGCUCAGUUUGCGGCUCAAGUUUCAGUGCACGUUCAAAUUUGACUCAACACAUGAAAAGACACACUGGGGAGAAGCCCUAUUCCUGCACACUUUGUGGCAGAGGAUUCUCUCGAAGGUCAACUCUGACAACGCACACAAGAACACAUGCUGAAGAAACAGAAAAGCGUGCUGGUGAGAAGCGCAAAUGAAAACUGCUCGUGAUAUUGUUAUUAGAUUGUUACAUUGUAUUAUUGUUGACAUAAAGGAAUCUUCAUGAAUACAAA